AUGUCGAAGGCCCCUGAGCUGUGUUAUUUGUUGCGCGCAGAGGGCCGCAUUCAUACAGCCGAUGUUCGUCACGUUUCCUCUUCGUCGGGUCUCCUCUUAACCUCCUCGCGCGACCAGACUACUUUUGUCAUUGAUGCUCCAGGCACUACACCGUGGCCCUCAGGUGACGAUUUUCCCACGGGGUUGACACUCACCGGUCACACUGCUUUUGUCAACUUCGCCAUAAUGCAUAGCGGGAUACCGCUUUUGGGUGGUGAGCCAUGCGUUAUCACGGGCGGCAAUGACAAACAUGUUGCACUAUGGAACCCGCAAACAGCUGCGCUGGAAGCAGUUCUCGACAGUCACAGUCACGGUGUUUGCUGUGGUCUUGUGGUUACAUCCACCGUUGCUGAAGGUGCGGGGCACGACGGUAGUGUUGGGGAUAUUGUGACAGGUGAUUGGGGUGGUAUGUGUCUCGUUUUUGAUGCGACAACGGGUGAUGUAAAGCAGUGCUACAGGGGACACUCAACAGCCGUUCGGAGUAUCACGCAAUUACCAAGGACCAGCAGCAUUGUGAGCGCCUCUGGGGACAAAACCCUUCAUCAGUGGAACGUGGCGACGGGUGAGGAAAUUGCCGUGUACACUGGUCAUACAGAUGUAGUUCAAUGUGUAUGUGCCAUAAGCUCUACUCGGUUCGCCUCUGGUAGCAACGAUACGACGAUCAUAAUUUGGGACACAACAGUUGGAACUCACCCCCUACGCAGCUUACUCAUGCACCAUAGUUUGGUCUACUCCUUGUGUUUUUGCAACGACCGUCAGUUACUCUUCUCUGCUUCGGAAGACUGCACUGUGAAGGUGAUUAGUGGCGCGAGCACUGUAUCUGCCCCCACUGUAGGAUCCUCGGUGGAUGUUGGUGACGUGGCCGUAGUUCAGAGUAUCAACCACCCAUGUGUUGUGUGGUCUGUGUGCACAACGGAGGUUGGGGAUAUUGUGACGGGCGCCGCGGAUGGUGCCGUGCGAGUGUGGACACUUAAUGAUGAGUUAAUGGCAUCUGUUGGAAAGUUGGAAGCACUUGCGGAGGCGGUUGCCACGCAGAAACUCGACAUCAAGAUUACAUCAAUCGCCGGAACUAAUAUUGCUGAUCUCCCCCCUGUAGAGCAACUCCAUCAAAAGAAGGGGGUUCAAGAGGGUGAACGCUGCUUUGUACGCACGAAGGGGGAAACGGUGGAAGUUUAUGCAUGGGACCAAGGCCGAUGGGAGAAAAUAGGCAUCGUCACUGAGGGAACUCAGGGUCAACCGUACACAGGUGCGCAAUCGGGCAGCGCAGCGCAGAAGCCCAAGGUGUAUUUCAACGGGGUUCCCUACGAUUACGUUUUCGAUGUUGAUGUGAAUGGGACAAUGCUUAAACUUCCGUACAACCGUGGUCAGAAUAUCUUUGACGCAGCGCAAGAUUUCAUCAAUAAAAAUAGCGCCGUUGUCUCCCAGACUCACAAGGAAGAGAUACAAAACUUUAUUCUGAAUAACAUCGACCCCCAGGACGCGCUGCUGCUGACCGGCUCGCAACAAGGGCUAUCAGCUGCAGGGGGAGGAACGGUGUCUGGUGGUGGGAGUCAUGAACCUGUUUUCUCCCAGUUCGCACGUGAAGCCAUGGAGAUGCGCCAAGCGGGUGCCUCGCACGUACCAAGUUGGGGUGAGGCGCUGCGAAACAUGGAGAAUGCCGGCGUAACUGCAAAUGAUGUUGCCUUCUCGGGUUAUGCCCGCGAGGAGAUUGAACUUCAAAGGCAGCAGGAGAAACAGCUGCCACAGGCGCCCACUGCGGGGGGAAGCGAUGUCGUUGCAUGGAGUAGUCAUCGAUACUUCACCUCCAUCAACCUGGAGGGUGUGCAAAAGAAGAUUAACGAACUAACAGGAGGCACGGAAUUCGGAGAGCUCGUGCAACGAGUUGAGGCGGGAGCGAGGGCGGCGCCGAGUGUAGGCUUACUUCUUAACAUCAUGGAGCUUCACAAGCGGUUACCGGAGGCCUCGCGCUUCCCUGCGCUUGAUUUGCUCAGUCGUCUACUGGCGGUGGGACGUCAUCCCUACCGGUGGCUUCUGCUACUUUUAGGUGACAGCCCCGGGGAGUGGUAUUGCUCCCCGCUAAAGUUUAUGGAAGAAUGCGUGUUGGGUGUCGACCGCGCCAGUGAUGCUGAGUGUUUGGUGACUGUACGACUUUUCCUCCAUGCUGCUGCAGCACUUGACGCCUUGCCGGCUAGCACCUCCAUAACACCGGAACAAGCUGCGGUGCUGCUGCAGGCCUUUACACAAGCACCGCGUUCUUUCAUCAAAAAGAAUAUGAACAACAACAUGAAGAAAUCAGUUAGUGCCCUGCUUCAGAAUGUUUCCUUACUUCUUGCGCAUGGCGCCCCAAUGUUUGGUGAUGAGGGUCGCCUGAACUGCACGCAGGAAUGUGUGCGCAUGGCAUCCCACAUGCUGCUACUGGAGCCCAUGUCAUCCCCCGUAAUAGCGGAGGUAGUGGCCACGGUCUUAACGUUACUGCAGGCAGAAAGCACUGCUAACGCAGCUGCCGCUGUUGGUCGGGGCACUUUAUUGCACACGAUGCGUCUCCUGAAAUCUGGGUCAGAGCAGCGCUGCAGAAGGGCAGCAGAUAUAAUCCUCCGUGUGCUAGAGGCUGAUGGGUCUUGA